AUAGAAAAGAUUGCUUCAGAAGACUUUGAGAAACCGUAAACUCGUACGCUAGAUGUCACUAUAAUUCCAAAUGUAUCAAGUGGGUGCAACUUGGGUCACCGCACUGGAUGAAUGUGCGCACAUAGGAAGACGUUCAGUUUCUUUGGCGAAAUUAGAACAUUGAUUCCUAAAACAAUAAGGGUUAGAUUAUUUGAUAUUCAGAUUUAUUAUAAAAUCAUUUAACGAGACUAAUAUAUGAGUGGAAUGCAGGUACUGGGCACAUUUACGCAUCACAAUUCCAAAGGGCAAACUGUUGCAAUACAUUUUGAGCAAAUACAGUUUUCCUAAACUACCUAAUGUAAUAUGAUUGUUCAUUAAUCAUGCAACUUCAUAUAUGAGAUUGCUAUUGUUGAACCAUUCCUCCGGAUGACAGAUCAAGUGAAAUGGCGAAAGCUGAUCUCUCAGGUGUGAGCACUGUUGAGAAAGAACAUUGACGAGAAUCACACAGAACGGCAGGACCGAGCACAGCUUUCCCGUAGGUGCAGGUUUGAGUGGUUUCAAACAAGAAACUGCGCUACACUUCAUACAUUUACAGCAAUAACCAUUGGAGAUUAGAGUCGACAAAAAACUAGCGCAAGCACAGGCAACAUUUUGAACAGCAUCGAGGGUAUCAUACGCGCGCAAAAUGCUAUAUUAUUUCAAAUCCAUUUACUCAGCCUGUGUUAUAUUCAGUAUGAUUUUGAUGCCAUUAUCUUUUGGUGAGAUGUAUACGUCAUUAUUGAACGUAAAACAAGCCAUCAACGUUGAAAGACAACUUAUUGAUCAUUUAGAAACUUACAUCGAACACGAAUCAGAGAGACUUGAAGACAUCAAAAGGUUUUAUGCAAAGGUUUCAGACUUGCACAAUGAGGUAUACAGUGGACCAUCAACUGCUAUGGCAAACCCCUUGGUGGCGUUCACUCUUAUCAAGCGCUUGCAGUCCGAGUGGCUGAAUCUGAUCUACAGUGAUGAGGCACAAGAGAACACUCAAGCCUUCAGGUCUGGUUACGAGGAGGUGGAGAAGGAGGGCAGCUUGCCCAAACUGGAGGACCUUCAGGGGGCUGCCAAGGGCCUGAUGAGGCUACAGGAUGUGUAUGCCCUUCAAGUGGGGGGACUUGUGAGAGGUCACUUCCAGAGGAUCACUAACGGCAACCCCAUUGAUAUCUACAGUCCCACAGUAUCUGUUCCUCUUUCUGGGGAUGACUGCUUCCUGGUUGGGAAGGUUGCCUAUGAGCUGGAGGACUACUACCAUUCAGUGCAGUGGCUGGAGGAGUCAGUGCGUCUGUUCCGAGGGGCAGGGGGGGAAUGGAGCCCAGAGAAUGAGGGAACUCUUGAAGAUGCUCUGGAUCACCUGGCCUUCUCUCACUUCAAGACAGGAAACAUCUCCUAUGCACUGAGUCUCUCUCAGGAGUUGUUGAACCAUGAUCCGAUGAACGGGAGAGUUUUGAAGAAUGUAGAGAAGUAUGAGCGACUGCUUGUUGACAGUCCACCCUUACUGAGCACUGACACUGGGUUGAAGAGGCCCAACACCACCUAUCUACGGACAAGGAACACCUACGAGAGACUGUGUCGGACACAGGGCACUCAGCCAACGCAUUAUGAAAACCCCCUGCUGUUCUGUGACUAUUUCAACAAUGACAGUCCUGGGUUGCUACUGCAGCCAAUCAGACGUGAGGUGCUGAACCUGCAGCCGUACGUGGUCCUCUACCACAGCUUCAUCACUGAUUCAGAGGCAGAGAGUAUCAGGGACCUCGCCCACACAGGGUUAAGGAGAUCUGUGGUGGCAUCUGGAGAGGAACAGGCUACUGCAGAGUAUCGCAUCAGCAAGAGUGCAUGGUUAAAGGAGACAGCCCACCCUAUCAUUGGGAGGCUGGACCAGAGAAUCACCUUGCUCACAGGUCUCAAUGUGCAGCCUCCGUAUGCAGAGUACCUCCAAGUGGUGAACUAUGGGAUUGGAGGACACUAUGAACCCCAUUUUGACCAUGCAACGUCAGCAUCAAGCCCCCUUUUUAGGCUCAACACUGGGAAUCGAGUGGCAACCUUCAUGAUAUACCUCAGCUCUGUGGACGCAGGUGGGUCCACAGCCUUCAUCCAUGCUAACUUCAGCGUUCCUGUUGUGGAGAAUGCUGCCCUCUUCUGGUGGAACCUCCAUAGGAACGGUCAAGGAGAUGGGGACACUCUGCAUGCUGGCUGCCCUGUCCUUGUUGGGGACAAAUGGGUGGCUAACAAAUGGAUCCAUGAGUACGGCCAGGAGUUCCAGAGACGCUGCAGCCCCAAUCCUGAGGAGUGAGAGGGGAGAAAGCAGCUGCUGGGACCACUUGGAGUACAAGAGUCCGCCUCCACAAUGGAGCCGCGCGCACCACGCAGGCAGAGAGAGGGAGGGAACGAGAGAGGGAGCAAGAGGGCAUGAGAGAGAGCUAGCAGCUGGGGGAGGGGAAGGCAACCAAGGAGCAGCCUUGUGAUUGGAGCUUCAGGCCCAAGGGAACAAGGAGCACAGACACUGCUGGAGGGGGCUGGAAUGGCAGGGGGCUGAGCUGGUUUUGGGAAGGAGGAGGGGGUGGAGGGGGCAUUUGGCCCCAAAGGCAGAGCGGCCUCUUGCUCCAACUCCCCAGUCUGUCCCUGCUGGAGCAGAGAGAGAGAGAGAGAGAGAGAGAGAGAGGCCUCUACCCUCACACACUGGGCUGGUUUCAGUUAACUCUGCUAGGCUGUUUGCCUCCGGUGUCAGUUUGUUUUGAAAAAAUAAAAAUACGUAUAAUGCAGCCUUUUGAAAAUUGAUGCACUGAAUCUGGCAGGAUACUCUUCACACAGACUGAUCUCAUUAGCGCAGCACUGAUCUUUAUCAGAAUAUUUAGUUUUAGAAUUAUAUUUCUGUAACCAUCUUACACCUUAAGAAUGUAGUUAAGAGCGGUGCUGUGAUUGAGGAAAAGGGUUAUUGUGACUGUUUCCUAUUCAUGCUCAGUCAGUUCAGGAAACCAAAGGAGAUGAGGUAACCGUCUCUCCCACUGAGGGGCUUGAUGUCAUUUGGUGUGUUCUCUAUUGCUCAUCUCCUUGUAGCUAAUGGGAUGGAUAUGAGUCAAACCUGUUUAGUCUUCUAACUCCCAUUCAGAUGCAUCGUUCAUUAGUCAUGGUCUAUAUGAAAAUGUAUGCACUCGCUAACUGUAAGUCGCUCUGGAUAAGAGCGUCUGCUAAAAUGACUAAAAUGUAAAAUGUCUGUAAACCAGAUGAUUGGGAAGUGGGAACACAUCUGCUUUAGUACCGAGUCUCUUACCUCAAAUCCUGGGUGUCUAGCUGCAUACCAACCAGCCAAAAGAUUUGUCUGUAUGUAGGUCAGAGAGUGCAUGCCAGCUUUCACACCUAGUCUAUGAGGAGAGAGUGAGGAGUAAAAUGUACUAUAGGAACUGUAGGCUCCAAGGGGCUUUUCUGUGAGUGUGAUUCUUUGGGCGGGCUGCUGCCUUUUGAGUGACAGGGAGUGUUGAGGAAGGGAGAGGGGUUCAACAGGGACUAUAUCUCUGCCUGCUGGGAUGUAAGGAAGUAUUCUCUCCAGUGCACAACCCCAUACCACUCCUCCCCUUUAGACACACACACACACACACACACCACACACACAGAUACAAACACAGGGGCCAUAUACUACAGGAAUGCUGCAUGCUCCCAGCUGCAUUCAUAAACAGUAGACCUUGAUUGUUCCCCCUGGAAUGGAUUGACAGGAGGCCCAUGCUUGAUAAAAUGCAUGGAGGAUGGAGGUUAAGCCUUUGGAGUUUCUCCAACCAAGAAAAUUAGUAUUCUCUGGAAUUCUCAAUCUUUAUAUGGUUUUAAAAUAAAUACACAUUUUU